AUGGGCUCGAGGCCUCCUGGCAUCUCCUUCAAGCUCGUCCUACUCGGCGACGGACGAGUGGGAAAAACAUCUCUUGUUCUGCGGUAUGUGAAUAAUGUCUUCUCAGACAAACAGGAAGCAACAGUUCAAGCCUCGUAUUUGACAAAGCACCUUGUUGUUGAAGGUGUGCCUAUUACGCUCUCUAUAUGGGACACAGCUGGACAAGAAAAGUUUCAUGCACUAGGUCCUAUAUACUAUCGUGAUGCAGAUGCUGCUCUAUUAGUGUAUGACAUCACAGAUAGUGAUAGUUUUCUUCGUGUCACAAAAUGGGUGAAAGAGCUCAAACAAAUGGCAAGUAAAGAUAUUGUUAUGGCCAUUGCAGCGAAUAAAAGUGAUUUGGUCAGAUUGAAGAACAUAGACACUCAAGAUGCUGUAAGUUAUGCCGAAAGUAUUGCGACAAAUCUCUUUGUUACAUCUGCCAAAGCAGGGACUGGAAUCGAUGAUGUCUUCAGUGAUAUAGCCAAACGAUUAUUAGAGAAGAGAAAAAACAGCGCUGAUGCCCUGUCACCACCUCAGCCAAAGAAGGGGAUCCUGAUCGUCAAUGACGAGCCUGAGAAAGAACCCCCACCUAAGUGUUGCUCAUAA